AUGACACCUUCUUAUAGCUUCCAUUUACUUUUACUCUUCGUCCCAACUCUUUACAUUACUUUUUCAAACCAUAAUGUCACUGCAAAGUCACUCAUCAGCUUCCCCAUACACCACAUCGGAAAGUUCGCAAACUCAUUUUUCAAUAAUUCCAACUCUUUCAAUUCAUACAGAUUAUCCCGUGAUCAAGACAGAUUCAAAACGCCUCUGGUUACUCGUCUCACCGGAGAACACGUAGUUCAGGUCAGGAUCGGCGUAACCGAAAUGCAAACUCACUUGUUUUUAGACACUCGAUCGCCGCUUAUUUGGUGGCAGUGCUUCCCCUGCUUGGCCUGCUUUAAUCAGAUAAACGACCCUAAAUAUCAGUACGACGUGUCUCUUUCAUACGACGCCGUUGAUGUGUCGUCAAGUAACUGUAACUCCAGUGAGCGGUUUAUUGAUAACGAAGAUUAUAAUGACGAUCAGUGUCAUUAUGAUAUUGAAUACGGGAAUGGCGGUUAUAGCACAGGGGUAUUAUCGACCGAGAUUUUGUCGACGGAGGAUCGGGUAUAUUCACAGAAUAUAACCUUCGGGUGCGGAAGACAAAAUUCCGGCCACUGGUAUCAUCAUGGGUUGUUCGCCGGAAUAAUGGGGUUUAACAAAAAUAACUACGCUUUCCCAUCUCAGCUCAAUGCUACCAAAUUCUCUUUUUGUUUGGUUAAUUACGACUGGUACGGCGGAAUUCUUGAUAAAAAAUCACAACUCUACCUGCAUGAAUUCCCGGAGCUAAAAUACGACUCGUUCUUCGUGCCAUUACUUGAGAGUCCGUACGAUCCAGAAUCUUACUACGUGGAGUUCACCGGAAUAAAAAUCAACGGCGAUGAUGUUUCAGUAAAACAUGGUGUAUGGAACCCUAAUUCUGGAUAUGGAGUGGUGGUGGAUACCGGAACUUUGAUAACUAGGUUUCCGAGAGAUGUUUAUACCAAAUUCCGUGAUCAAUUUGUGGCUGAGGCUUCUGAUGAGUUCGAUCCUAUUCCAUCGUAUGAUCAUUUUUUGGAUGUAUGUUAUGAGUUAGACCCGGAGUUCCAGCUUCAUCGUUUUCCGACUGUGUCGUUGUAUUUUGGCGGCGGCGACAAGUAUCUGAAAUUGCUACCGGAGCAAAUCUUGUACUCCGACACGGCGGGGGUUUACUGUUUUGCGUUUUUGCCUUAUGAUAGGAAUGCAACUAUUCUGGGUAGUCACCAACUUGAAAAGACAAGAUUUUCUUUUGAUCUUUCAGGGAAGACAGUUAUAAUCUCCCCAAAUGAUUGUUGA